UUUAUUAUCUUACCUGAGACAUCCUGGUAUUAUUUCGGCGGGAAGAGUAGAGUCCCCUUCUAUUCCCAUGACCAGAACGUCCAGCUCAGGGUCUUCCCUAGCCAAAUCUGACUUGUCAGAUGACUGCGAAUUCCCAGCCGUAAGCCCGGCGUUUACGGGGUCGGGACCGAGGUAGAAUGAAGGGGCAUGACGGGGCAUGACGUGCAGGGCCGUCGGUCCCUAGAGUGGCUUUUCAAAUCCUCUCUUCCGAAAUGUCUUAGUUAGACCCGCCCCUGAGGUGCUCCAAACCUUUAGGCGCGAGCGACUUUAGUAAACAUUCGGACCGAUUCGGAAAUUUACCUAACCAAUGCCGAAGUAGCAAGUCCGAUGGAGACAAAGAUGUAGACUGGUGAUGUGUAUGGGUGCUGGGUACUUCAGUACAUACAAUCAUUAUACUGUAACAUCGUAUGUUAGGUCGUCCUUCGGUCCGAACAAUUCGAAUUGGGUAGCCAGGAUAGAGAUCUAACGAUCUUAUAAGAUCUCACUGAUCGUUGAAGCCAAACCGUUCUCGAAUAGCUUACUUUAGACACCACAGCAUCUCCUCCAAAAGAUACUAAACUAUUUUACUGUUAACGAACGCUCAACGUACAAAUGGAGAUCAAGGUCCAAUUUCCCAGCGACGGCAACACGCUUGUCGGAACACUCUUCCGCCCCGAUGGAGCUGUCGGGAGGCUCCCCACUGUCGUUGCGGCCGGUGGAUGGUGCUACACCAAGGAGAUUGUGCUACCGCACAUCGCCCGUAUCGUGAAUGAACAGGGUGUACAGUUCCUGGGCUUUGACUAUGCUGGGUUCGGGGAGAGCUCGGGAGACCGCCGUCAGCAUCUAGACCCCUGGAGCCAGAUUUCCGACUACAAGAAUGCGCUGACCUACGCCGAAAGUCGGGACGAUGCUGAUCCUGACCAACUAGGGGUUUUUGGUAUCUCCUACAGUGGAGGCCACGCUUUAAUCUUGGCCGCAACUGAUCCUCGAGUCAAGUCUGCGGUGAGCGUGGUUCCUGUCGUGGAUGGGUACAACAACAUGCGUCGCGUGCAUGGAGAAACACGAUUCCGAGAUUUCGAAAACGCAAUUCUUGCAGAUCGUCGAGAGCGUGCCAAGACUGGCGGCGGCGGCAACAGGAUUGAAUUCGCCACUCAGACACCUAACGAGGUUUUAUCCGUCUGGCCAUUCGCCCGCGUCAACGAGGUGUUCACCCAGCUCAAGCUGACUGAAGCACCCCUCCAUGAGCACUGGAGCACCUUGGAGUCUGCCGAGCUUCUUUUAGACUAUUCGGUGUUCCCCUUCCUGGGUCGCAUCCUAGACAAGAAGGUCCUGAUGAUCGUUGCCGAGGCAGAUAAUAUCACUGCCUGGGAUCUGGAGAUCGAGGCAUUCAACAAGAUUUCCUCGCCGUUCAAGCGCCUUGAGAUCCUGCCUUCCGUCAGCCACAUGAGCUUGUACUCUGAGAAGACCGACACCAACAUUGCGGCCAAACACACGCGUGACUGGUAUGCCACAUCAUUUAAGAAAUAGGAAGCCCAGAACGAGAUGCUGGUACAAGACAGGGGGUGGUCAUGACCUCGGGCUGUAGUCUAGCAAAUGCACGUUAUAUAUUUGGCUCCUCCAUACGCUCCCAUACUAGCUCUCUCUCC